AUGAAUCCUUAAAAAGUCAGAAAUGGUCCCAAUUUUAUGCAAUAAGUCAACAAGAAAAAACAUGUAGAUUGUGCUUUGAGUUCAAACUCUGAUUCCUCUGAUGAUGAAGUUGAAGAAAUUGUUGCCGUCAAAAAAGAUGUACAAAAAUAAGUAAUCAUAUAUUCCUAAUUGAAUUAGAGGUUUUCAGUCUCGGCUGAAGCUUAUGGUCAAUUUAAUAAAAAGGAAAAUUUCAAAGCCAAAUUUAUUCCUAAAAGUAAAGAAUAAUCUGAACGAAUUAAAUAAAGAAUGCAAGCAGGAUUCAUGUUUAGUGCAUUAAAUGAAAAGGAAAUUGAAAUUGUGGUUGGAGCUAUGGAAGAAAAGAUAUUCCACAAAUCAGAAUAUGUAAUCAAGUAGGGAGAGGAAGGAAAUGUACUCUAUGUUGUUGAUACUGGAGAAUUAGAUUGCUUUAAGAAUUAUGGCAAGGGAGAUGUCUUCCUUAAAACAUACUAUCCAGGAGAAAGCUUUGGAGAACUCGCAUUGUUAUUUUAAUCUCCUAGAGUAUCUUAUUCUAUUGAAUUCUUUAGGCUGCAUCUAUCAUCGUAAAAAGUGAUCAAGCUAUUCUUUGGCAAUUAGAUAGAGAAACAUUUAAUCUUAUUGUAAAAGAAGCAUCUAUCAAAAAGAGAUAAUAAUUCGAAACGUACUCACAAUAUUCAUAAGUCUAGCUUUCUUGAAAAUUGGGAUUUGCUAAAAGAAAUUAAGGAUCCUUAUGAUAAAUUGAAAAUGAGUGACGCAUUAUUUGAAAAAUAAUUCAAAAAAGGAGACGUCAUUCUACAAUAAGGAUAAAAAAGCACUGAAAUAUUUAUAUUAGAAUAAGGAAGAGUGAGUGUGAAUAAAAAUAAUUGUAAGGCUCUCAGUUUAUCAUAGAAAAAUUGUUUGAAUUGGUUAAAUUUGGUGAUUAUUUUGGAGAUUAAAGUAUUGUAGCUGGCACAGUUGAAUCCUUUUCUUAUGUGGCAGAAGAAGACAUGAAAGUAAUGUACAUUCCCAAGAAAAGUUACUCAUCAACUCUCAAAGAAAUUGAAUCCACUUUAAUGAAAAACAUUCAAAUUAAAUAUGGAAAAUAUAUAUGA